AUGAUAUAUGAGAGCUUAGCUAUUCUAUCGCUAUAUUUACGCAAUGUAUUGUGUCUCCAUGAAAACGCAGCCACUGUUGUAUAUCACAUAUUUAUAAUGAUGUGCUAUACAAUGCCGUUAAUGGGCGCGAUACUCGCAGACAACUUUAUCGGUAGAUAUAAAGUCAUAUUAUAUUUCUCCAUAAUUUACCUGAUUGGAACGGUACUGACGUGCUUAUCAGCAAUACCACCCUUAAUGUUACCACCUACGGCGACGUCUAUGAUCGGUUUAGUCUUAAUAGCAACUGGAACCGGAGGAAUCAAGCCAUGUGUAGCGGCCUUUGGGGGUGAUCAGUUCCGUUUGCCUGAAGAGAACCAGCGCUUACAGCGGUUCUUUUCAACGUUCUACUGCACUGUUAAUCUUGGUGGGUUUAUGGGCACCAUUGUGACUCCGAUGCUGCGACGCAGCGUCAUGUGUUUCGGGGAUGAUACGUGCUAUGCCCUGGGAUUCGGUUUUCCGUCGUUGCUUGUACUCAUUUCUAUUGUCACUUUCGUUACUGGUAAGCCAUGGUACAGAAUCAAAAAGCCACGUGACGCAAUUACCUUCAAGUUCAUAUCAUGCGCAUGGUACGCUCUUAAGAAACGGCUUCAGCAUAACAGGAAUGAAGACGGACCACCACGUGAACAUUGGCUUGACUACUCUUUGCCGAAAUUCGGAGACAAGCUAGUGGAGGAUAUGAAGAUCGUGUGUUCGAUUCUCUACCUGUACAUCCCGGUGCCAAUAUUUUGGUCACUAUUCGAUCAACAGGGUUCCCGUUGGACGUUUCAAGCGUCGAGACUUCGAAGUGAGUUGUUCGGAGUCACUCUUAUGCCUGAUCAACUCCAAGUAAUGAACCCAGCGAUGGUGCUGCUCAUGAUUCCUGUAUGCCCUGGAGGGGCGUGGCCAAUUUUACCUGAACUUCCACCGCUGCAUAAAAUGUUCCUUGGCGGGAUUCUGGCUGCGUUAGCCUUUGUUUGUGCUGGCAUUCUUCAAAUUGGUAUUGAACGAUCCACUCUUCAAAUACCAGGGCAUGAACAAACUGGCCUGGUGUUAUUGAAUACUCUGGCAUGCCCAAUAGAAUUGGGGCUUAGAGGGGAGGGCAUAGCGCUAGUGGAAGAGCAGGGCACGGCCCUAAUGACCCCUCUGGACCACAGAACGUUUUUCAUCACUGCUAGCAGUCCCAUCGAUUGUGCUGGUAGAAUUAUGAAGCAGCAUAUUGUCAAUACACGAUUGAACACUGCGCGUGAAAUGUUCAUGCCUAUAAUAAUUGGGCAAAAUUCAGAUGACGAGAUAUCUUUAUAUUAUAUGGACCCGAAUCCAUUUAUGAAGUCUUUAACGGGGAAACCGAAAUUGAAGGUGGUGUACAUUGGCGAUAGCGGGCCGAAUAAAAACGUUUCGAUCACUGUGGAGACCGACAAACAGCUAAGCGAUAUUUACUACGUUUCAAACACUCCGAUUGACCACGUCGGCGAAUCCGCAUACAUGUGUUUGCAGCCGGGAAAGUUCAGAUGGCGUGCCAACAGCGCUGGUGGGGAAGUGUCUGGCUCCGGCGAAGGUUUCCUGAAAACUGGUGGCGUUUACGUUCUCUGUUUGAGAGAACGUUUAGGCAGAUUAGACGCGGCUGUACUACAUUCACCGAACCCGCCCAACGAGUUACAUCUCGUCUGGAUUAUACCCCAGUACCUUUUCAUAUCGGUAGCUGAAAUUAUGUUUGCAGUUUCUGGACUGGAAUUCUCUUUUACGCAGGCACCAAAAUCCAUGAAAACUAUCACCAUUGCCGCGUGGUACGUGUCUGUGGCUAUCGGGAAUCUCAUUGUCAUUCUGGUGGCACAGAUUAAAAUUUUCGACUCUCGCGCUCAUGAGUUUUUCGCCUACGCCGCUGUGUUGACUGUCGCGAUGGUGCUGUUUUUAAAAAUGUCUCGUGGCUAUUGUACUCGAACAAUGGAGGGCGACGGUUCAUCGACGGAGAGUCACCCCUUGCUACAUCAUCAUUCAAGGGUAAUAUCAGUGCAUUCAUUAUCGACGCGGACAAGAACUUACUACGAUGACGAGAGUAGCGACGAGUCUUGUUUAGGUUUUAUGGAGAAGACAAGGACGAAAAAAUGGCCUACCCACGCUUUUGUCAAUUUGGGGACACCGAGUACAAGUGAUGUAAAAGCCACCACUUUAGCUAAGUAG